ACUCUGAGCCUGACUGUCUCUCUUCAGUUUACAGGUGGAUCCAGGCCAGGAGAGGGCGGCGAGGAUGGGAGGCGGAGGGCAGCUGGCAGAGGCCAGGGAGCCGGGAGGACCCCGCUGUGGGGAGACGGCUCAGGGCAUUUACACCUGGGAGGAGGUGCAGAGCCACAGCAGCAGGAAUGAUCAGUGGCUGGUCAUCGAUCGGAAGGUCUACAACAUCACUCAGUGGGCCAAAAGGCACCCGGGAGGGUUUCGUGUUAUCAGCCACUAUGCAGGGGAGGAUGCUUCGGAGGCGUUCUCUGCUUUUCAUCCCAAUCUGAAGUUUGCACAGAAGUUCCUGAAGCCUCUGCUGAUCGGGGAGUUGGCGGCCACAGAGCCCAGCCACGACCGGAACAAAAAUGCAGCCAUCAUUCAGGAUUUUAACACCCUGCGGACACAGGUGAAGAAACAGGGUCUGUUUGAGGCCCGGCCUUUGUUCUUCUGCCUCCACCUGGGCCACAUCCUGCUGCUGGAGGCUCUGGCCUGGCUCAUCCUCUGGCACUGGGGAACCAGCUGGUCUCUCACGCUGCUCUGCUCAGUGAUGCUGGCCGUUGCUCAGUCACAGGCCAGCUGGCUGCAGCACGACUUCGGCCACCUCUCUGUCUUCAAGAAAUCCAGCUGGAAUCACAUCGUGCACAAGUUUGCAAUCGGUCAUUUGAAGGGAGCGUCUGCCAACUGGUGGAACCACAGACACUUCCAGCAUCACGCCAAGCCCAACACCUUCAUGAAGGACCCCGACGUCAACAUGCUGCACGUGUUUGUACUCGGAGACACACAACCAGUGGAGUUCGGUAUAAAGAAGAUCAAACGGAUGCCCUACAAUCACCAGCACCAGUACUUCUUCCUUGUGGGACCUCCGCUGCUGAUUCCCGUUUACUUCCACGUUCAGAUAAUCCGCACAAUGCUUUCCCGCCAUGACUGGGUGGAUCUGGCUUGGUCCAUGUCGUAUUACCUUCGGUACUUCUGCUGCUACGUCCCUCUGUUUGGGGUGCUGGGUUCCCUGGCGUUCAUCAGUUUUGUCAGGUUUCUGGAGAGCCACUGGUUCGUGUGGGUGACGCAGAUGAAUCACCUGCCGAUGGACAUCGACUACGAGAAGCAUCAGGACUGGCUGACCAUGCAGUUACAAUCCACCUGUAACAUUGAGCAGUCCUUCUUCAAUGACUGGUUCAGUGGGCACCUCAACUUUCAGAUCGAACACCAUUUGUUUCCCACAAUGCCGCGUCACAACUACCACCUGGUGGCCCCGCAGGUCCGAGCGCUGUGUGAGAAACAUGGAAUACCCUAUCAGAUGAAAACUCUCUGGCGAGGAAUCACAGAUGUGGUUCGGUCACUGAAAAGCUCGGGGGACCUUUGGCUCGACGCUUACCUCCACAAAUGACCGCCGACGCUUUCCUUGCGGUGUGCAAAAGAGUGACGCUUUUCUCUCACUUCUUCAUCACGAAACUGAUUGUAUCUCCUUGACGUUUUUAAAAAUCAAAUUGUUGGUGUGGGAAUGCUAUUUUGUUAUUGUUGAGUGCUCUAUUGCUGGAUUUUUACAGAAUAUCUUUCAAGUAUUUUCAUCAGUAGUCGGGCGCCGUUGUCAGAAAAGUGGUAAAAACAGUCUUUCAUGGUUUAACACAACUUAAAUUCUUUGUUGUUAUAAGAGUUUCAGCAAUAAAACGUGACAUUUAUGCUUAACAAACGACAAACCCCGUGUAACCGUGGGUUGAAAUGUUGGUCCAGGUUUCUUCUGUCUUGCUUUUAGUACAACUCUUUUUCUGCUCACUACGUUUACAAUAAAGAAUCUUUGGUGAACAUUUGUGCACAU